AUGGAUGGUUGGACAUUAUUAAAUGAAACUGAUAUAAUAGAAAAAUUGCCUGAACAAUUUAACGAAUGGUUAGAAUCGAAAAAAUGGACCGAGCGGCGUGACGCUCUUCAGGCUUUGCAAAAUGAAAUAGUAAAGACGCCUCGGCUUAGUACUAAUGUGAAUUAUUCCGAUUUGGUAACAAAUUUAAGAAAUGUAUUAUUAAAAGAUGCAAAUAUAAACGUGUGCGCGUUGGCUGCUAAAUGUAUUUCUGGACUUGCACGAGGUCUUCGAACGAAAUUUGGACCGUUUACUUCAUUGUUUGUACCUAUUAUUUUCGAGCGUUUCAAAGAAAAGAAAGCAACAUUAAGGGAUCCACUUAUAGAAUGUAUCGAUGCGAUAACCAGCACAGUGAAUUUGGAUUCGCUUGUAGAGGAUUUGAUCACUUCUAUAGACAAAGCUAAUCCUAACACAAAAUUGCAAGGGUGCAAUUUUAUUUAUCGCGCUAUGAAAAAGUAUAAGCAAACAACUGCUCCUAAAAAAAUCAUUAAGGCUAUUUCACCGUUACUUGUAAAGUUCACUUCUGACUCAGAUGCCGAAGUUCGGGAUGCUGCUUGUUUAGCACUUGGUUCUGUCAUGCGAUUAACUGGUGAAAAAAUUAUGGUAUCCUUUCUGGGAAAUGUACAAGAAGAUAAAACAAAAAUGAAAAAGGCAUGGAAAUUACUUUCUCUUCGAUUUUCAAUGGAUCAGACUGUGGCUGAAAUAGCCGAAGAAGAAGCACACCGAUUAUUAGAAGAAGAGGAAGAGAAUUCUUCUGCGAUCAUAAGCAACCGAUCUUCAUCCUUAAAGGAUACUGAUGAAGUUAUAACGGUGAUAUCUGAAACCGACCCAUGGGAUAUGUUAUCUCCUGUUGAUAUCUUACCAAAGCUGCCAACCAGCUUCAUGGAAGGAAUCGAAUCAAAAAAGUGGCAAGAACGGCGUGACGCUCUACAGUCUUUUCUUUGCCUAUGUAAUGACAAUCCUAGACUUUGUCCGAAGGCUUCCUAUGGUGAAUGUGUUGCUAUGUUGAGGAAAAUUUUGGAGAAGGAUGCGAAUAUCAAUGUUUGCGCAUUAGCGGCUCGAUGUAUAACAUCUUUGGCAAAUGGAUUAAGAAAAAAAUUUGCUAUGCACGUUAAUUUAGUGAUCCCAGUAAUUUUCGAAAAAUUUAAAGAAAAGAAACCAGUUCUUAGAGAUCCUCUAAUCGACUGCAUUGAUGCGGUUGCUGCAACCACUACUUUGGAAGCAAUCGCCGAAGAUAUUCAAGCGGCAUUAGAGAAACAAAAUCCCAAUAUAAAAAUACAGACUAAUUUGUUUCUUUAUCGCAUUUUUAAGAAGCACAAUAUUCAAACGGUACCGAAGAAAGUUUUAAAGGCGUUGGCACCCACAGUCAUCAAGCAUACGGCUGAUUCAGAUCCAGAAGUAAGAGAUGCUUCUUAUGCAGCAUUAGGUGCUGCAAUGAAAGCUGUUGGUGAAAAACCUUGUUUAGCAUUGUUGGCUGAUAUCGUUGAUGAUAAAGUUAAAAUGGGGAAGAUUAAAGACUUUUGUGAUAAAGCGAGACAAGAAGCUGGACCAGAUGUUGUUUCUGUAAUGGUACAAAGCAUUCACAAAAGCAAUCCGUUGAAACCACCUGCUCCUGGCGUUGGUAGUAAACAAUCUGGACUGAUGAAUUUUGGGAGAAAAGCUGAAGAUGACUUAAAAGAAGAAGAUAAGCAUGUAAAAGCACCUAGUGUAAAUGGUACAUUAAGUAAGGAAAUCGGGGAAUCUGAGAAGAAAAAAGAAGAAUUACUGCAACUGAAUAAAGAAAAGGCAACACGGCUUCGUGAUGAAAAAAAUUUGAAGCUUUUAAAAUGGAACUUUGAUCAGCCAACCGCUGAACACGUUGAGCAAUUAAAGAAUUUACUAUCUUCUAUCGCACAGCCAGCGUUAUUUCUUUUAUUAUUUCAUAAAGAUUUUAAACAACAUUUGAAAGCGAUUGAUCUACUUCAUUCGGUUAUGGUUGAAAAUCCUGAGGCAAUGCUGGCUAACAGUGAUCUCAUUUUGAAAUGGAUCUCAUUGCGAUUUUUUGAAACAAAUCCCACAGUAUUAUUAAGAGCGUUAGAUCUGGGCGAAAUUAUUUUUACACAUAUAUUACGAUAUGAAGAAUCAUUUUCUGAUGCAGAAUUGGCUUCAUUUUUGCCAUAUCUGUUGUUAAAACUGGGUGAAGCAAAGGAGGCUGUACGAGUACCUGUUCGAUCAAUUUUGCAUUUAAUGAAAGAAAUUCUUGGUGCAAAUAAGAUAUUCCCAUUUGUACUGGACGCAUUAAAAACGAAAAAUUCUCGACAAAGAAGCGAAUGUCUUCAAUUCCUUGAACAGUUGAUCGAUUAUGCUGGAAUGGCCGCAAUGGCGAAUCCUGCGUCUUCUAUGAAGCAGAUUGCGAGUUGUAUUAGCGAUCGUGAUAAUAACGUACGUAAUGCUGCAAUAAAUGCAGUAGUAGCCGCUUGGAAAGAAGAGGGUGAUCGCAUAUAUCAACUUAUUGGAAAAAUGAGUGAUAAAGAAAGGGUUAUGCUUGAUGAGCGCAUAAAAAGAAGCGCUGUUGUUACAAAAAAUAAAGGUUCUUUUUACUUUAUGGAUAUUUUUUAUUAUUUAAUUUAUUGCUGGUCCAUGUUUCUUGAUUGCAUCGAAAGGCGUAAUGUGAACGCAUUGCAACAGAAUAGAAUUCGUGCAUCAAUCGGUACUGGUUUAAAGGGAGGUAAAAUGAGAUCCGCCCGAUCAACUAGUCGGGUUGGAAGUAGACCAGCGAGUCGUCAAUCGUGUUCUCGUGAAAUAAGUCCAGCUGAAGGAAAAGAAUUAAAUAAAACAUAUACUCAGAAAUCGGAUGCACUGAUUGAUCAGUCGAACGGACCUCCUCGAAGAUUUGCUCUUGAUUUAAGUGGUCUGGAACUUGAUAAUAUCUAUCCGAGUGUUGAACGCGCUUUAAAUGAUACAAAAAAGCUAGAGGUACCUGAGCCUAUUGAACCGGUGGUAAGGCAAAGGAUGCAACAACAAGCAUUUAGUCGACGUGCCGAAUCAGUCAGCUCAAUAACAUCCUUAGAAUCAUCAGCCGGUGAAGUUGACAAGGUUGUUCAUGGAAUAGCUUCCGUCUCACAGGCUACUGCGAGUGCAGCCAUAAGUCAAUUGCAGUUCCUAUUUGGAGAUACAAAUACUUUUCACUUUGUGGCUGAGCGUGUUGAUGCAGUAGUCCAAGCGCUGGUUACACAAACUUCGUUGAUUCGUAGUCGUCAUUUGGACGAUGUAACGGCAUUAAAUGAUGUAAACGAACUUGUGCGUACUAUAUGCCACUUUCUUAGUUCGCUUGUGAAAGAACCUGCAACAUGUUCACGUAUGUCCGCUGAUGCACUGAAAAUGCUUAUACAGGAAUUUCUUUAUCUUUUAAGAGAUGAGAGAAUGGUUCAACUAAAGGACUCGCAGUGGAUAUUUCGUUCACUGAACUAUUUAUCCAUUAGAACCUGUGAUAACGCAGAUGCUACAUCAUGUUUCUUAGCGCUGUGCUCGAUGCUGAAUUCGGCUUUGAAAGAUCCUAGGAAUAAAACUGUUGAACUUAUUAUUAAGUGCAUCUAUAAACAAUCGGAAUCAUUUUUGCGUGAUGUACCGUUAGAUCUCGAUGUUACUGUAAAAGCAAUUCAUGAUUUUUUGGAAGAGUUUCGACCAAAGGCCGAGGAAAAUGAAUCUAUUAAAAAUGCGAUACAUUCGAUGGAAUUAUGCAUUCAGCGUCUUGUAGCUGGGACAAAAGCAGCCGUAAUCUUUAUUAAUUCAUUUCUUUUUUCAUGGUAUCUAACUGUUGAUAAUAUUAAAUAUUCGAAGGUAGUUGAUCAUGUUCGAUUAAUUCCAAAUCCUGAGAGCAGUGAAGCAAUAAUAUAUAUGCAGAAAUGCGUGCGAGGUUUAAAGAAUAAAAGUAGUCAAAGUAGUCUGACUUCUUCUGUUUGUGGUGAAAUACCUGGUCAGGUUUUAACAUCAAAUGUGGAGGAAUCCGUACAGCAUUUAAUGAAUAAAAUUGUCACUGAUCCGUUUGGAAAGGGCAUUCGUCUUUUACAUACAUAUUUGAAAGUAAAUCCAGAGGGUCGGAAAUAUAUCGAUGAUGCGCUGAAGAAGCACGACAAGUUAAAAGAUUUCGUCAUAUAUCAUUUGAAACGAAUGGAACAUAACGAUCGAGAUGAGCCAGAAAUAUCUUUAGAAUUGAAGAAUGCAUUAGAAUUUGUGAAAGAAAUUCGUAAUUUAAAAAAUUAUCAUCCAGCAAAUAUCAACGCAAGUAAUGGUCUGGACAGUAUCAAUCAACCGCUUACGACAAUACAGGAUAAUAAAUUUGCCUCACGCCGUUCUACUGUCAAUAACAAAACCUUGAUUAACGAAGUUGCACCUGAAAAUGAAGGAACAACUGUAUCUCAUCGAAGAAAUAUUCGAGCAAGUGAUGUUGAAGCACUGAAACAGCAUUUAAAUAAAAUUAGGCAGCAACAAUAA